UCCUGCACGAAGCAGUGUUGGGACCAAGCACUUCUUCCCUAUCUAGAAAUUGCUGCAGAGAUUCUGAGUCCAGGAAGAUACUUUGGAGUGGAAGGUGAUGCCCAUCCAACUCACAGUCUUCUUCAUUAUCAUUUAUGUGCUCCUGUCUUUGACAAUCAUUGUGCAGAGCAGCUUAGUUGUUGCACUGCUAGGCAGGGAGUGGGUGCGGGUCAAAAGACUGUCACCCGUGGACAUGAUUCUCACCAGCCUGGGCAUUUCCCACUUCUGUCGGCAGUGGGCCUCAAUGCUGUACAACUUUUGUUCCUACUUUGAUCCUAAUUUCGUAUUUUGGUACUCAUCAGUCAUCUGGGACUUUGCUAAUAAUGCUACAUUUUGGUUCACCAGCUUGCUUGCUGUAUUCUACUGCGUCAAGGUCUCUUCCUUCACCCACCCCAUCUUCCUUUGGCUGAAGUGGAGAAUUUCAAGAUUGGUUCCUCGGCUGUUGCUGGGUUCUCUGCUGGUUUCUUGUGUGACAAUCAUCCCUUCAACAGCUAGGAGUCACACCCAGUUUCAGAUCGCCACGGAGAAUUCCCCUAGCAACAGCACUGUGACUGACAGACUUAAGAUAUUCCAUCUGUAUGUUAGCCUGCCUCAGCAAAUGGUUACGUUGAUUAUUCCUUUCCUUCUGUUCCUGGCCUCCACCACCUUGCUCAUGUCCUCACUCUCGCAACACUUGGAGCAGAUGCAAGACCGCAACACUGGCCACUGCAACUCCAGCAUGAAAACUCACUCCACAGCCCUUAGGUCUCUUGCCGUCUUCCUUAUCUUCUUUACCUCUUACUUUCUGACCUUAUUUGUCUCCCUUUUAGCUGUCCUGUUUGAGAAGAGGUCCUGGUUCUGGGCCUGGGAAGCUGUCAUCUACACUGUAAGCUGUAUUCAUUUCACUUCACUGAUGCUGAGCAGCCCUGCAUUGAGAAAGUUUCUAAAGAAAGGGCACUGA